AUGGCGUUCCUCGGUGAACUCAGCGUUGCUCUGCUCUGCCUCCUGAUCGUCUACUUCCUGUGCGUGCGGGACCGCAAGCGCUUGCCGCCGCUCGCGACGGAGAGCAUGUUUACAACAAUCGCAGCAUUGACGACCAGCGAUGCGCCCUGGUUCGUGCUGAGCCUGGCUCAAAAGUACCCUGGCCGCGUAUUCAGGAUGCGUGUACCGCAGUGGAGGCCGUGGGUAGUCAUCGCGGACGGGCCGACGGCGCGUGCGGUGCUGCGAGCAAGGGCCGCUGACAAACCAUCCCUCUACUCCAACUUCGAUGGCAUGACCGCGGGCUGGGCAAGCUUCUUCACCUCUCCCGAUGGGCCGCGGUGGGAGCAUGCUCGGAAGGGGGUCUCUCACGCGUUCACCAGCUCGCUCAUCCGGGACAAACUUGACGCCCUUCAAUCGUGCGCUGCGCUCGGCCUCCGGCUCGACGUGCUAUCAGCCUCUGGCGAGGAGUUUGAUGCCGCACAGCUAAUGAUCGAGUUGAUGAUCGACGUGCUGGGCGAGACAGUGCUGGCGGGGUUUGACUUUGGAAUGCUGCGUGGCGGCGGCGAUUCCUCAGGUAUGGGGCUGCGGUUUCUCGAGGCGGUCGAGCCGGCGCUAAUCGAGUACGCCCUAAAGCGCACAAACAACCCGCUCCGCAAGCUGAUGGCGUUUGCCAUCCCCGAGGCGCGCGCGGCAGGCCGCGCCGCAGUCGAGCUGAUGCGCAUCGCCAAUGAGGUCAUGGAAGAAUUCCGUUCUCGUCGCGAGGCGGCGGCGUCCGCUUCCGAGCGCGAGGAGCUUGACGCGACCAUAAUCGGGAAGCUCGUGAGCAACCCGAACUACGCGCACGAGCAAGAGCGCGCGGCGGACGUGGUGACGUUCCUGAUCGCGGGCCACGACACGACUGGCUUCACGCUCGCGUGGACAAUAUACGAGCUUGCGGCCCACCCGGAGAUCGCAGACCGGCUUGCUGCGGAUUUGCGCUCGAACAACGAGGUUACACCUGAGCACUCAGAGUACCUCGCCGCAGUGAUCAACGAGUCUAUGCGCCUCUGGCCCGUCGCUGCGAUGGGCUCACUCCGCGUGCUGGCCGAGGACCUGGCUCUCUCGGACGGUGCUGUCAUCCCCGCGGGUGCGAUUUGCUCCAUCCCUUUCCUGCCGGUCCAUCGGACGGCGCCGGUGCAGGACGCCGGAACCUUCAAACCAGAGCGAUGGCUGAAAAAUGUCGAGCCAUCGCUGAAGGAGAACUUCAUGCCCUUUUCAACUGGCCGGCGAAAUUGCGUCGGGCAGACGCUCGCGAUGGCGGAGCUCAAACGGUUCCUCGCCUUGAUUGUCACCGGAUACAAGCUGGAGCUGGUUCGGCCUCCGAAGUCCGACUACUUCUUGACCCUGAAGCCCGCCGAUGGCCGCUUGCGCGUGAGCAGGCGCCCCCCCAUGUCGCAUUGA